CAUUAUAGUGGAGUCUAGUAAAGACAUGGAGGUAUGAUACGUCUGCUUUAGUUUUGAGUGUUUUUCUCUAGGCCUAGAUUUAAUUGGAGAGGCGGAACGAAUACUGAGCGACUUUGUUGGAUGUCACACCAUUUUUUAAUAGGCCUAAAUGUCUUUAUAUUACUGCUAUUUUUUACAGCCGUUGUUACAGGGCUCAGUUUUGAAUCCAGCCAAACGAAAUAAGUCUGACAUCGACCUACUAUGACUGUUUAUCGUCGAGCGAUAUCCUUUCAAGUUUGUCAAUAUUUUCAAGAUGAUGAGAUUUCCUCUUAUCUUACGGCACUUCCAUUUGAAAUCUGUUGUGGCCCUAUUUAUACCCCUGGUUUUCUGUAUUUAUCACAUACCAUACUCUCUCAGAUUCAUAGAGGGCUUCAUUCCCAUGGGCAAAUGUCAACUGGCUCCAGGGGCAGCCGCAUCAGUCAAGCUGGACAAUCCUGGAGACAAAACUCUCAACUUUGAGUCUAGACCCGAUGUCCAAACAUGCACUGAAUGGGGGGCACCCAUUAUCUGGGAUGGGAUGUUUGACCCAGACGCAUAUGACGAGUUCCAUAAAAGGAACCACACAUCGGUGGCCUUGACUGUAUUUGCAGUGGGCAGGUACAUUGAUGUCUACUUGAAGGACUUUCUGACGUCUGCAGAGGCGCACUUCAUGGUGGGCCUGCCUGUCACGUACUACGUCUUCACCGACGCGCCAGAGAGGGUGCCGACCUUGACCUUGGCGCCAGGUCGUGAGCUGAAGGUCAUGGGCGAGCAGCACCACUCGCGCUGGCAGGACAUCUCCAUGAUGCGCAUGAAGACCAUCCGGGACGCCAUCGACGGCAACAUCCGCCACCGCCACCAGUACGUGUUCUGCAUGGACGUGGACCAGGUGUUCGCGGGCCGCUUCGGACCCGAGGCUCUGGGCGACCUGGUGGCGCUGCUCCACGCGCACUUCUACCGGCGCUUCAAGGUCCUGUGGACGUAUGACCAGAACCCUAAGUCCCGAGCCAACAUGGUGGAGGCGCCCGGGGAUUACUACUAUCACGCGGCCUUGUUCGGCGGCUCCUGGCGCAGCGUGCGAGACAUGACGGACGCCUGCUACCGCACCAUCAUGGAGGACAAGGCGGACGGCGUGGAGGCGCUGUGGCAGGACGAGAGCCACCUGAACAAGUACCUGUGGCAGCACAAGCCCAGCCGCGUGCUGUCCCCGGAGUACUGCUGGGACCCCUCCGUGGGCUACCGGCGGGACAUCCGCGUCGGCCGGCUCCUCUGGAGAGAGAAGCAGUACGGCAAGCUACGGGAAAAUACAUGAGAGGCAGCCGCUCAUGUUAUGUGAUGCUAUACAUGUUAUGUCCCCAUGACUUGACUGAGGAAGACUCUUCAUGAGAGGCCGUGUGGAAUCAGAAUCAGAGACCCUGGACUGUUGGGUUGCAUGCCAAGGAGCAUCACAGAGGUAGAAAAAUUAUGGAUUCCUUGUUUGUGUAGUGCCUUAUUUUUUUGUGAUGAUAUUGGUUCCACAGCUCUUGGUACUUGCACUCAGCCCUGAAGUCCUCUAGCACAAGAAGCUUAUUGUAAAAGAAAGUUCAUUAAGGAUCUGGGAAAGUGCGUACUUGUUUAUUUAUUUAUUGAGUGCCUUGACUGAUACAACAUGAAUUGGUACAGAAAUUAUUGGUAUUAUCCCUAAUAAUUAUGUCCAUCAUGCCAAAGCUGACUUUUGGAAUGUACUUCUAUCCACUGCCUCUUUUUUAUGCGACUUCAAGUCAGUUGUGACUUUUGAGUUACUUGUAGUUGUGAGUGAAUUUCAGGUCUUCUACCUUAAUGUACAUUAUGCCUUACUAUUGCUGACCGUUGGCCUUACCAAGAAAAUGGCUGCUCUGUCCUUUUAAGCCUAAAGUAUAGUCUAUUGUAGGUCCCGUCACAUUGUGAGUGCUUGCGUCCUGCCAUUUCUUGAAGCUUUGAUGAUUAGACUUAUUUUCUGAACAUUGUGUUCUUCUAUGGAGCCUACACAGCUCAAGUGAUUCAGGGUGACACACUUUUGUGCGCUUCCUCAUUGGGUGAGUUUGUAAAUUCAAUCUGAUGCUCUGAACAUGGAAUACUAUGCUUGCUACGCACUGUGGUUUGAAAAAAAAAAAAAACCCAAAACAUUCCAUUCUUGAUAAACAAACACUUUUAGUCACUUGGAAUUUACAGAUGGUUUCAACAUACUGGGGUGUGUGCUCAGAGCACUUGGAGUGGCAGUUUAUGAACACACUCAUUGUGUUGUACAGUAUAAUCUGUAAUGUAGUCCAUUUCUUUACCUCUUUUAAUUGUAUUGAGGAGGUGCCUAAUCACCUGCCUAAAAGAGUCCAAACUGAAGUUAAAAAAGGGAUGGUAUGAACCACACUAGUUGGACCACAUAGAAUGGACGG